AUGACUGAAAGUGUAAGAGUCCUUAUCUCUGGAGCUGCAGGUCAGAUUGGUUACGUGAUGUCCCAUUGGAUUGCAGAUGGUAUGCUCUUUGGCCAGCGUAAAAUUAUUCUUCAUCUUUUCGAAUCAACUUCCGCACAAUCAAGAUUAGAUGCAUUAGCGAUGGAAUUGCAAGACAGCAGUUUCCGGUAUCUUGAUGGAGUUGUUGCGACAACAAAUCCAGAGGAAGGAUUCAAAGACGUUGAUGUCGCAUUUUUGUUAUGUACUUGCUUUACGCGCCCAGGACAGAAGCGUCUAGAUAUUCUUGCUAACAAUGCAAAAAUAUAUAAACAGCAAGGCGAAUAUCUGAAUAAAUAUGCGAAACCAACAUGUAAGGUUUUAGUAACAGGAAAUCCUGCAAAUACGAACGCAUUAGUAACAUUACUUAACGCACCAAAUCUCAAACCAGAAAACUUUACAUCUCUUUCUUACCUUGAUCACCUUCGAAUUACGAAUGCUGUUGCGAUAAAACUUAACAUCGAAAGUUCUAAGAUUCGGAAUGUUAUUGUUUGGGGCAAUCAUUCAGACACUCUAUUUCCUGACAUUUCGCAGGCAUAUUUCGAGAAAGAUGGCGAAAAAAAUUUUGUUUCUUCACUUCUUGAGGAAAAAUACAUUCACGAAGAACUUCCAGACUACAUAUCCAAAAGAGGAUGGCAGAUUCUCAAUUACAGAGGACUUUCUUCAGCAUCAUCUCCUUGUUUAGCUGCAAUUCUUACAAUGAAGGCAUUUCUCUUCGGAACAGAACCAGACCAAAUCAUUUCAAUGGGUGCGAUUGUUCCUCAAUCGUCUCCUUAUGGACUCCAACCAGGUCUCCUUUGUUCCCUCCCUUGUACAGUUGACAAAGACGGAAAAGUUCACAUUGUCGAAGACUUACAGCUUAACGACUGGGUUAAUUCUAAGCUCAAAGCAACAGAAGAAGAACUUAUCCAAGAAAAAGAAUACGCAAUGUCAAUUAUUUGA